AUGCUGACCCAAAAAUUUAUCCUUGUUGCAGCCUUGUUCCUUUCCACCUCAGCUGCACCUUAUUAUAGUUCUCAAACAGAGAGUAAUGUUGCUCCCUUAUAUUCUUCGGAUUCUGCUCAAGUGAUUCCUGACUCUUAUAUUGUUGUCUUGAAAAAACAACUUGAAAAGGCAAAAAUUGAAUAUCAUCAUGAAUGUGUUCAUAACUUUGUUUCUGAGGAAAAAAGAAGCUUAUCAAAGAGAAGCAUUUUAGGAGAUUUAGUUUCUGGUAUCAAACAUACAUUUAAAUUUGAUAACUUCCAAGGUUAUUCGGGUAGAUUCACUAACGAAGUUUUGGAUAGGAUCAGACGCAGUGACGAGGUCGCUUACGUUGAAAAAGAUCAAGUCGUUUAUGCCACUAACAUUUUAACUCAAACAAAUGCCCCCUGGGGUUUGGCUCGUGUCGCUCAUCGUGAAUCUUUGAAUUUUGGAAAUUUCAAUAAAUACUUAUAUGAUAGUAAAGCCGGAGAGGGAGUUACCAUCUAUGUUAUCGAUACUGGUAUAAACGUCGGUCAUGUCGAUUUCCAAGGUCGUGCAAUAUGGGGUAAAACUAUUCCUCAAAACGACGAAGAUCUUGACGGAAACGGGCACGGAACACAUGUCGCUGGUACAAUCGCCGGAUAUCGUUAUGGUGUCUCUAAACAUGCUAAAGUCGUCGCUGUUAAGGUCUUGCGUUCAAAUGGUUCUGGUACCAUGUCUGAUGUUAUUAAAGGUGUUGAAUAUGCUGCCGUAUCCCAUAUUGAAGCAAAAGACAAAGCUCGCAAGGAAGGUAAACCAUUCAAAGGUUCAGGUGCCAAUAUGAGUUUGGGAGGUGGUAAGAGUCAAGCUUUGGACUCUGCUGUUAAUGGGGCUGUUGAUGUUGGUCUUAACUUUGCCGUUGCUGCCGGAAAUGAUAAUCGUGAUGCAUGUGAUUACUCGCCCGCAGCUGCUGAAAAUGCAAUUACUGUUGGUGCCUCUACUAUCGAAGAUGAACGUGCUUGGUUUUCAAAUCAUGGUCCAUGUGUUGACGUAUUCGGACCUGGUAAAGAUAUCCUUUCAACAUGGAAAGGAUCAAAAACUGCUACCAAUAUCAUUUCUGGAACUUCAAUGGCUUCACCUCAUGUUGCUGGUUUAAUAGCUUACUUCCUUUCACUUGAACCAGAAAGUUCAUCUGAAUUCUUUAGUACUUCAUUGACUCCAAAACAGCUUAAGGAUAAAAUCAUUAGAUUAUCCACAAAGAAUAUCCUUGAAAAGAUUCCAUCUAAUACUCCAAACCUCUUGAUAUUCAAUGAUAACUAA